AUGUACUCUGUAGCGGUUGAGCGGGUACCGUCCGCCGCCCCCGAUUUGUUCUCAGUGUUUGCUGGCCCGUCUGGCUGGACGACUGCCCGCCCGCCCCCGUCAGGUUCCUGCCUGUCUGCACAAAACCUGGAAUCUUUUUAUUUUUGCUUUGGUCAUCACAACACCAUCCCCUCGAUUCCUGUCUCGGGCUUCCUCUCGCUUCUACACGCCUGGCAACCGACGCUUUGUUUCAGACACCCUAUCGUUUCUCCCCGAGUGCCAAUUUCUGGCUGCUCGCCCAACAUGGCUUCCCAUAUGCUGAAUCUCGGCGGAGGCGCGCACACGCAGGACUCCCUGCCCUCCCUGCCGACUCAUCUUCAGUCCGAUACGCACAUCACCGCCCAUCUCGCUAGUCGUUUCCAUGUCGCCCACCCGACUGCUCGACUAUCUUCACACGCUCUCGUCUGCCUCAACACCUAUACCUCGUCCUCCAAGGGCCCCGAUGGCGGCAAAGAAGGAAGCGCCAUGGCCGGUGCUGAGGACAUGGCCGACCGUGCCUGGCUGAGACUCGGCCAUCGCUCCGAAAACCAGGCCGUCGUAUUCCUUGGUGAAUCCGGCUCUGGCAAGUCCACUAUCCGCUCACAUCUCCUUACCGCCCUGCUCAACAAGUCAUCGACCCCCCUCUCCAGCAAACUUUCUCUCGCCGCCUACGUUUUCGAUACCCUCACGACGACAAAGACCGCCACCACCCCAACUGCUUCCAAGUCGGGCCUCUUUUACGAGCUGCAAUACGACACUUCUUCCACAACCAACCCCAUCCUCAUUGGUGGUAAGCUCCUUGACCACAGACUGGAAAGAAGCCGAAUCACAGAUGUUCCUACUGGUGAACGCAAUUUCCAUGCCCUCUACUACCUUCUGGCCGGAACAAGUGCCGCCGAAAGGACCCAUCUUGGCCUUGACGACUCCCCCGUUGCCGGCGCCACCCGUUGGAAAUAUCUUGGUCACCCCACACAGCUCAAGGUCGGCAUCAAUGAUGCCGAUGGCUUCCAGCUUUUCAAGACUGCCCUCAAGAAGCUUGAAUUUCCUCGCAACGAUAUCGCCGAGAUUUGCCAGAUACUUGCUGCCAUUCUCCACAUUGGCCAGCUUGAAUUCGAAAACACCAACGAUACUAGUGUCACCGGUGGUGACAGCGGUGGCUUCUCCCACGAAGGUGGCAACUCCUUCACCGCGGUCAAGAAUAAGGAUGUUCUUGCCAUUGUCGCUGCAUUCCUCGGAAUCAACGCCAAUGAUCUGCAAACCACCCUAGGCUACAAGACCAAGAUGAUCCAAAAGGAGCGAGUCACCGUCAUGCUUGACCCAACCGGCGCUCGCGCUCAUGCCAACGAGCUCGCUAGAACCCUCUAUGCCUUGCUCGUUGCCUGGAUCAUGGAAUCCGCCAACCAGCGCCUGUGUGCCCCCGAGGAGUCUAUUGCAAACACCAUUUCCAUUGUCGACUUCCCUGGUUUCGUCCAGCAAAGCUCUACUAGAUCUGUGCUUGACCAGCUUCUCAACAACGCUGCUACUGAGGCCCUCUACAAUGUUACCCUUCACAACUUCUUCGACCGCAAAGCCGAAAUGCUCGAGUCCGAGGAAGUCAGCGUUGCCCCCACCUCCUACUUUGACAACUCUGAUGCGGUCAAGGGUCUGCUCAAAUCUGGCAAUGGCCUCCUGAGCAUUCUCGACGACCAAACCCGCCGCAACCGUACCGACAUGCAGCUUCUCGAGAGCUUCCGCAAGCGCUUCGAGGGCAAGAAUGCCGCUAUUGAAAUUGGCUCUGCCACGGCCAAGCUGCCCGGGAGCAACUUCAUGACCGAAAACACGGCUGCUACCUUCACUGUUAAGCACUUUGCCGGCGAAGUCGACUACCCUGUUAAAGGCCUCAUUGAGGAGAACGGUGAGCUCAUUUCUGGUGAUCUGCUCAACAUGGUCAACACAACCAAGAGCGAGUUUGUCGCGCGCCUGUUUGGACAGGAUGCCCUCCAAACUGUGACCCAUCCCAAUGAAAAGACCACUGUUAUGCAAGCGUCGGUCAGCUCCAAGCCUACCCGUGCCCCCAGCGUCAUGUCUCGCAAGGGCACUAGAGCUCGCCCGCCAGGUUCCCGCCGCCAGCAGCAGCAGCAGGACGCCCUCGAUCGUCUAGAGCAACUCGACAACGCUCGUGAAAAGGAUUCGCGUCGCGCCGCGACUGCCACUGGUUUAGAUCAGGGUGCUUCAGGCCAAUUUCUCUCAUCUCUGGACAACGUUCAGAAGGCCGUCACCGACCCCGGCACCAACGUCUACUUCAUGUUCUGCUUGAAACCCAACGACCGACGCAUUGCCAAUCAGUUUGAUAGCAAGUGUGUCAGGACUCAGGUUCAGACGUUUGGUAUCGCAGAAAUCAGCCAACGCCUGCGCUCCGCCGAUUUUAGUCUGUUCCUGCCAUUUGGCGAGCUCCUUGGGCUCAUUGAUACAGAGACCAUUCUCGUUGGUAGCGAGCGUGAGCGCGCUGAAAUCGUUAUUGAAGAGAGGCGCUGGCCGGGCAAUGAGGUGCAAAUUGGCUCCACUGGUGUGUUCCUUAGCGAACGAUGCUGGAUGGAGGUUGCCCAUCUUAGCGCCAACGGCCCUGCCCGCCGCGGUAUCUCGGCCGAUGGCGAAAGCUAUGGUGCCCCUGAACGCAACCCCUUUAUCGCCUCCAAGGAGCAGCUUGUUUCUGGUGGCAACACUCCCCUCAUGUACGCUGGCGAAAAGACUAAGAGUGGAUACUUUGCCGCGGGCGAUGACACUCGGUCAGAAGCUGGUGUCUCUGCCAUUGGUGGUGGUGACAUGUUUAAGAAUUUUGAUACUCGUGAGCAGAUGGCCGAGCGAGGCAAUGAGAAGGACCUGAUCGAAGUUGAAGAGUACAAGGACAGUGCGAGCCGCAAGCGAUGGGUAUUUCUUGUCUACUUGCUGACUUGGUUCAUCCCGGAUUUCCUCAUUCGCUGGAUUGGUCGUAUGCCACGCAAAGAUGUUCGCAUGGCGUGGCGUGAAAAAGUUGCCAUCAACUUUCUCAUUUGGUUUCUUUGUCUGGUUGCAGCUUUCUUCAUCGUCGUCUUUCCUCUCCUCAUCUGUCCCAAGCAAUAUGUGUACAGCCCGUCAGAAUUGUCCUCAUACAAUGGCAAGUCUGGUAGCAAGGGUGCUCUCGUUUCUAUUCGUGGAAAUGUUUUCGAUUUGGCUUCCUACACUCCUCAUCAUUACCCGCCCUACCUUAACCCCAAACUUCUCACCAACUAUGCCGGCCUGGAUAUUAGCUCCCUCUUCCCAAUUCAAGUCAGCGCUCUCUGCCAGGGCAAAGACGGCUCUGUCAGCCCCGAAGUCACACUUGACUACAAGAACACCAACUUCACCGGCAUUUCCCCUGCGCUCAUCAGCACCCAAGACCUCAACGCCAAGUACCAUGAUUUCCGCUACUACACCAACGAUACCCGCCCCGAUUGGUACUUUGAGCAGAUGACCAUGCUGCGUGCCCUUUUCAAGAAAGGCAAUAUCGGGUACACACCCAAAUAUGUGAAGACACUAAAUGAGAAGCAGCAAAAGAUUGGAAUCAUUGGCGGCCGUGUUUACGAUCUCACCACCUACAUGGCUGGCGGCCGCCGACUUAUUGCUAAACCUGGAGAGUCGCCUCCCGAUGACCCGUCCUUGGCAAAUUUCAUGUCCGACGACGUUGUCCAAAUGUUUCAGAUCCAGUCUGGCUCAGACAUGACAAAAUAUUGGAACACCUUGGCCAUGGAUGCGGCGCUACGCCAAAGAAUGAAGACCUGCCUCGAUAACCUCUUCUACGUUGGUGAUGUCGACACUCGAAACUCGGUCCGUUGCCAGCUGGCCACAUACUUGGUCCUUGCCGUCACUAUUGUCCUGGUUUCCGUCAUUGCCUUCAAGUUCCUAGCUGCUUUGCAGUUUGGUGGUAAGAGCGUACCCGAGAAUCUUGACAAAUUCGUCAUCUGCCAAAUUCCUGCCUAUACUGAGGACGAGGACUCUCUACGCCGUGCCAUCGACUCUGCUGCAAGAAUGAAGUAUGAUGAUAAGCGCAAGCUCUUGGUCAUUAUUUGUGACGGUAUGAUUAUCGGUCAAGGAAACGAUCGCCCUACGCCUCGUAUCGUCCUCGAUAUUCUCGGAGUCGCUGAUACCGUGGAUCCUGAGCCUUUGAGCUUCGAGUCACUUGGCGAAGGUCUGAAGCAGCACAACAUGGGCAAAGUUUAUUCUGGUCUCUAUGAGGUUCAAGGUCACAUUGUUCCCUUUAUGGUAGUUGUCAAGGUUGGCAAACCUUCCGAGGUUGGCCGCCCCGGUAACCGUGGCAAGCGCGACUCGCAGAUGAUUAUUAUGCGCUUCCUCAACCGCGUCCACUACAACCUUGCUAUGAGUCCCAUGGAACUUGAAAUGUACCACCAAAUUCGCAACAUCAUCGGCGUCAACCCCACCUUUUACGAGUUCAUGCUGCAGAUUGAUGCUGAUACUGUCGUUGCCCCCGAUUCUGCGAGCCGUAUGGUGUCUGCCUUCAUUGAUGACACGCGCCUGAUUGCGGUUUGCGGUGAAACUGCUCUGACCAACGCCAAGUCCUCCUUCAUCACCAUGAUUCAGGUCUAUGAGUACUAUAUUUCGCACAAUCUUUCCAAGGCAUUCGAAAUUCGAGCUGCGGAGACUGGCAAGCCACUUUUCGUGAGCCGCGAGAUUGUGGAAGACUACUCAACAAUUCGUGUCGACACUCUGCACAUGAAGAACCUGCUGCACCUCGGUGAGGAUCGUUAUCUCACGACCUUGCUCCUCAAGUAUCACAACAAGUACAAGACAAAGUACAUCUUCACUGCUCAUGCUUGGACUAUUGCUCCUGAUUCCUGGAAAGUCUUCCUCUCGCAGCGUCGUCGUUGGAUCAACUCUACUGUCCACAAUCUCGUGGAGCUGAUUCCCAUGGCCCAACUCUGUGGCUUCUGCUGUUUCAGUAUGCGCUUUGUCGUCUUUAUCGACUUGCUCAGCACCAUUGUCCAACCCGUCACCCUCGCUUAUAUUGUCUACCUGAUUGUCCUGGUCAUCCAGAACACCAGUGUUGUACCAGUGACCGCAUUCAUUCUUCUGGGUGUCAUCUAUGGUCUCCAGGCCGUCAUUUUCAUCCUGCGCCGCAAGUGGGAAAUGGUUGGUUGGAUGAUUCUGUAUAUCCUUGCCAUUCCUGUCUUUAGCUUUGGCCUUCCCCUGUACGCUUUCUGGAACAUGGAUGACUUUGCCUGGGGCAACACUCGUGUCGUGGCUGGCGAGAGGGGCAAGAAGGUCGUUGUUUCCGACGAGGGCAAGUUCGACCCAAGCUCCAUUCCCCGCAAGAGAUGGGAGGACUAUCAGGCCGAGCUCUGGGAGACUCAAACCUCUCGCGACGAUGCGCGCUCCGAAGUCUCUGGCUACAGCUAUGCUACCAAGGCGCAUCCUCACGUUUCCGAGUACGGUUACAUUAGCCGCCCUGGUUCCACGACAGGCCUGGUACCAGCCAUACCCCAAAUGUCGCAUGAUCCUCGCACCAUGUCUCGCAUGUCGUUGGCUCACUCUGAGAUGGGUGGCAACCGCAUGAGCUCCUAUGGCGGUUCGCAGUUCUUCUCUCCAGACGACAUGGUUGGUCUACCCAGCGACGAUGCUCUGUUGGCUGAAAUUCGCGAAAUUCUCAAGACAGCAGACCUGAUGACUGUCACAAAGAAGGGCAUCAAGCAAGAGCUCGAGCGUCGCUUCGAUGUUCCUCUUGAUGCCAAGAGACAGUACAUCAACAGUGCUACCGAGGCUCUCCUUUCCGGCCAGCUGUAA